AUGGAAUUAAACAAAUCGAGCUGGCUCAACAAGCCAUUCCUGACAUCAAUCCUGCUUGGCACAGGAGGGUUUCUGUACGGAUAUGACUCCGGAAUCGUCACUCCCAGUCUGGCACUCAAGUCAUUUCUGCUGUACUUUGGUAACCCCAAUGCUCCCUUGAGAGGGGCUAUUGUGUCUGUUUACCAGGCUGGAGCAUGGCUCGGUAGUGCCUCCGUCGGCAUCACCAGCGAUAGACUCGGUCGGAGGAAGGCCAUUGCUUUCGGAUGCAUAUGGGGUGUUAUUGGUGGAGCUUUGAUGGCUGGUGCUGCCCAUGUCGCUAUGCUGGUUGCUUGGGGUUUCUUCGUCGCCCUAUGGACUGGAGUAGGCGAGGGAAAAUGGCACAAUCAAAACCAAUGGCGGCUUGGUUUCGCCAUACAAAGUCUCCCUGCUCUCAUUUUAGGCGUCAGCGUUCUCUUUAUCAGCGAGUCACCGAGAUGGCUGUGUCUCAAGGGCCGUCAUGAAGAGGCUGAGAAAGCGUUCCGCAACUAUCACUAUAACGGAUCCAACGACGACUGGUGUCGCAACGAGUUCACCGCCAUCCAAAUCAAUAUCGCAGAGGAGCUGCAAGCUCAAGGCCAACUCUCAUGGGGCGACCUGUUCAAGACUCCAGCUUUCCGCAAAAGACUCUUUGUUGGAGCUUUUGUAUGGAGUGCAGCAAUGUUAUCAGGCAUAUCGUUUGUGCAAUAUUACCAGACAGCUAUCUACGCCACGCUGCAGUUCAACCAAGACCAGCAACUCCUGGCAGCCCAGCGUGGUCUGAUUGCAUGCAUAUUUGCUGUAUCGGCCAAUUACUCUGCUCUCCUGGGCCCCAUGACGUGGAUCAUUCCGCCAGAAGUUUUCACCACAGAACUACGAGCAAAGGCGAAUGCCAUCGUCCAGGUGAUCCAUUACUCAAUCAGCUUGGUCAUAACGCAGUGCUCUCCCAUUGCGCUUGCUGCUGUUGGCUGGAAGUACUACGUAGGCAACCGCGAUGCGAUUCUGAGAAACCCACUUUAA